UGGAGUUUAAAAAUUCUCAGCAAGACACAAGAACAUCCUGGCUAAUUCUUCUUUAUGCCAGUACCAGCAAGCAACUUAGAGCUCAACAGUGGGAAUACCUUAUUCAAGCCAAGUCCAAAUGGAGGCAAGAUUGGGCUAUAGGGGGCGACUGGAAUGAAAUCUGUUGUGAUGCUGACAAAAUUGGGGGUAGACUCAGAACACCUUCCAGCUAUUCUGACUUCAACAAGUUCAUCUCUGACAUGGGCAUGAAUGAAGUUCCUUUCAGAGGGCACCCCUUUACCUGGUGUAACCACAGAAGCCAUGAAGACUUCAUUGAAGAGAAAAUAGACAGAGUGUUUGGCUCAUUCCAAUGGCUAUCCUCUAACAACAAUGCCACUGUCACCAGUCUCAUCAAAAGUGCCUCUGACCGCACUAUGCUCAUCCUGGACUCCAAUCCCAAUCAACUCAGCAAAAGAAAAAGGAGAUUCAUUUUCGACAAGAGAUGGCUGGCUAUGGAAGGUAUUGAGGAAACAGUGAAAUCUGUGUGGUCAGCUCCUAAUGAAGGCACUCCUAUGUUUGCUGUUAAAGAAAAGCUCAAAGCCACCAGAGUUGCUCUUCUUAAAUGGAGCCAAGCACUAAAUAUCAACAAGAGUGGAACUAUUGAAAGGCUCACACUACAACUUCAAGAAAUGAGAGAACACAGCAACAACAUGAACUGGGAUGAAUGGAACAAGAUUACAAUAGAGCUGGAUGAAGCUUAUACAUCUGAAGAAGAGUUCUGGAGGCAAAAGGCCAGAAAUCAAUGGCUAAAAGAGGGUGAACAGAAUUCUAAAUUUUUUCAUGCUCUCACUAUUCAAAGAAGGAAAACCAAUGCCAUAACUCGGUUGGUUGAUGACAACAAUAUUCUUAGAGAAACUGAUGAGAAAAUCCAAGACUGUGUUGUUGACUUCUACUCCCAGCUCUUUUCCACAGAUGGCUUCAGAGGUGAUGCUGGUAUUCUUAAUCUUAUCCCUCAAACUAUCUCUUGUGAUUUAAAUGACUCUCUUAUCUGCCCUGUGGAGGAAGAGGAAAUAAAAAAUGCUCUCUUUUGUAUGAGUCCUAAUAAAGCUCCAGGUGAAGAUGGCUACCCCCCUCUACUCUUUCAGCAUUUCUGGCCUAUCAUCAAAGAGGAUCUCUGCACAGCCAUCACCAGCUUCUUCAGCUCUGGUAUGAUCCUCAAAAGCUGGAAUACUACCUUGAUCACUCUGGUGCCUAAGUGUAUCAAUCCUACCUCUCUAAGCCAAUUUAGACCCAUAAGCUUAUGUGGUGUCUCCUACAAGAUUAUAUCUAAUAUUUUGGCUUCCAGACUCAUGGUCUGCCUCAACCAUUGCAUCAGCUCUAGCCAGUCUGCCUUCAUUCCUGAAAGACAGCUAAUUGACAAUGUCAUCUUGGCCCAAGAAGCUAUACACUUCCUACACAGGCAUAGGUCAGGAGGCAAGACCUUUAUGGCUCUAAAACUUGACAUGAUCAAAGCUUUUGACAAAUUAGAAUGGCACAGCAUUAUCAACAUUCUUCUGAAAAUGGGAUUCUACCCUUCUUUUGUCAAAUGGAUACAUGCUUGUAUAUCUACCUCUGCAUUUUCCUUUAAUCUGAAUGGCAGGGUGGCUGGUUUCAUUUCUCCUUCUAGAGGGGUGAGGCAAGGGGAUCCCUUAUCCCCUUACCUUUUCAUUGUUGUCACUGAAGCUCUUUCCAGAUUAAUUGCUGCUGAUGUCCAUGCUCACAGCUUCAAUGGGCUCAAGAUUUCUAGAGGAGGU